GAGAGGCGGGGUCAUUCGUCAAGUACCGUCUUCCUCGAGCAAAGACACGAAGCGCCCCUCCCUCCGCGCGCCCCGCCGAUUCAGAGGCGAGCACACCCACCCAGUCACCCACUCCGCGUUAACGCAGCGGAGCUCCUGGCCAUCGCCGAACCGAGAAGAUGGCAGAGCGGCAACAGCAGAAGCACGAAGGCAGGGUGAAGAUCGGCCAUUACAUCCUUGGUGACACGCUCGGAGUGGGGACCUUCGGCAAAGUAAAGAUUGGGGAGCACCAGUUGACGGGCCAUAAAGUGGCAGUGAAGAUCCUGAACAGGCAAAGAAUCCGCAGCCUGGAUGUGGUGGGCAAAAUCAAACGGGAGAUCCAGAAUCUGAAACUAUUCCGCCACCCUCACAUCAUCAAGCUGUAUCAAGUGAUAAGCACGCCGACCGAUUUCUUCAUGGUCAUGGAAUAUGUGUCUGGCGGAGAGCUUUUUGACUAUAUCUGCAAACAUGGACGGGUGGGGGACGUGGAGGCUCGCCGUCUUUUCCAGCAGAUUAUCUCGGCUGUGGAUUACUGCCACAGACACAUGGUGGUCCACCGGGACCUCAAGCCUGAGAAUGUUCUGUUGGAUGCCAGCAAGAAUGCUAAAAUCGCUGACUUUGGUCUGUCCAACAUGAUGUCCGACGGCGAGUUCUUAAGGACGAGCUGUGGUUCGCCCAACUAUGCCGCCCCGGAGGUCAUCUCGGGAAGGCUCUACGCGGGCCCGGAAGUUGACAUCUGGAGCAGCGGCGUGAUCCUGUACGCCCUGCUGUGCGGCACGCUGCCCUUCGAUGACGAGCACGUGCCCACGCUGUUCAAGAAGAUCCGAGGGGGCGUCUUCUACAUCCCCGAGUACCUGACGCGCUCGGUGGCGUCGCUGCUGAUGCACAUGCUGCAGGUGGACCCGCUGAAGAGAGCCACCAUCAAGGACAUCAGGGAGCACGAGUGGUUCAAACAAGAUCUGCCUGGUUACCUGUUUCCUGAGGAUCCGUCGUAUGACACCACCGUCUUGGACGAGGAGGCCGUCAAAGAAGUGUGCGACAAGUUCGAGUGCAACGAGUCCGAGGUGGUCUCCAGCCUCUACAGCGGUGAUCCUCAGGACCAACUGGCGGUGGCCUAUCACCUCAUCAUAGACAACCGUCGCAUCAUGACGCAAGCCAGCGAGUUCUACCUGGCCUCCAGCCCGCCCCAAGGCUCCUUCAUCGAGGAGGGCAUGCCGCUGCCGCCGGGCGUCAAGCCGCACCCGGAGCGGAUGCCGCCGCUGCUGGCCGACAGCCCCAAAGCGCGCUGCCCCCUAGACGCCCUCAACACCACCCGACCCAAGCCGCUGGCCGUCAAGAAGGCCAAGUGGCACCUGGGCAUCCGGAGCCAGAGCCGGCCCUACGACAUCAUGGCCGAGGUUUACCGGGCCAUGAAGCACUUGGGCUUUGACUGGAAGGUGGUGAACCCGUAUCAUCUGCGAGUGCGCAGGACAAACCCGGUGACGGGCAACCUGGUGAAAAUGAGCCUGCAGCUCUACCAGGUGGACAACAGAUCCUACCUCCUCGACUUCAAGAGCAUCGACGAUGACAUCAUCGAGGCCGCGGGCUUCAAGUCGGGAUCGUCCACCCCUCAGCGGUCGGGCUCGACGGCAGGGCUGCACCGGCCGCGCCUCAGCAUCGAUUCGGCGAGCCACGCCGCCGAAUUGCCACAGCUCAGCUCGUCCCUGCCGGGCUCGCUGUGCGGCAGCUCGCCCACGCUGGCCCCUCGCCAGGGCUCGCAUACCAUGGACUUCUUUGAGAUGUGCGCCAGUCUGAUCACCACGCUGGCCCGCUGAGAGGAGCGGAAGACAAUCAGUCUCGAUGUCAAAAGCCAGCCGAGAUCAAGACAGGACCUGAAAGGGGAGGCAGUAAAUCUUCACUUGACAAGACGGCAAAGGUCACGAAAAAGGAGACGACCUACCAUCUCUUUUCAACUGCUGGAACAACGCUUCGUCCUGUUGCUGAUCAGAGGUCAGUGUGGUGUCCGGCGUGGAUUCCUUUCUGUAUUCAAUAUGGAAAAGGCUGUUAUCCGUGUAUAUUGGAGUCAUAUCACAGUCACAAUAUGUAGCUGAACAGACAAAAUAUUAUUCAGAUUGCUAUUUAUUUUUUUGGAGAGAGAGAUUAUUUUUAGGGCAUUGAUCGCAUUAUUUAAAGGAUUUUUAUUCUCAUUGACCCGCCAUACAAAUUUCCUCCAGCUGCCUUAAAGAAAUACAAACGACUACUUAGGUAUGUGCGUGCGUAUCACUGAUGUUAUUUUUACGAAUGUAUAUUUUGGAGGAAAGUUGGCUCAAGUUGAAUCAUCCUCUUAUUUUCAA